AAGAUAACAUUUAAACGCUCUCUUUUCCACGAUGCCGUCAACGUCUAAAAUAUCCGCAUCCAACUGAGCUCACUAAUCUUAUGUAAGUCAAACUGUGUAUACCGAUAUCGCUCAUUGGACGGACUGCCACACCGAAGACGACAAUAAACAAAUGACGAAAAUUUAUAACAGGCCGCUUUUCGCGGUAUUAUUAGUGUUUGUGGCAUCAACCGGCGUCACUUUAGCCGACGACGAUAAAUGGGUAUGGGGCAGGUCAAACGAGCAAUCAAAGGCUGACUCGAGAAUCGGGUCUUCGUCCGACGAGGUGAUUCGAAUAGCUAAACCGUUAUUGCGCAAUCAGCCCAACCAAAAGCCCAGUCCAUUAUUCCAACCCGCCAACAACCCAAGGCUGGAUACCAAACAUUACAGAGAUGACUCCAUUCGAAAUGGGCGUUAUGAAGUCAACGAGGAUUAUGUACCGGAUAGGGAACCUUUGAUCCAGCAACCAAUCCAUAUAUCUGAGACCUUUAACAGCAGGCCCUUCGACAGACCACCGCCGCCAAAUACCCUACCGCAAAGACCUUUGUCAAACUUCCAAGGAUCUUCGCGACCGCAGCGGCCGACUGUGAUCAUCGAUUCCGUGCACGCGCCGUCCAGGAAACCCGUACCCGUAGCUACUGAACCAGCCGGGUCUGCUGUCGGUAUACUCACUGGACCAGUGCCCUCGUGGCAACGACCAGCAGUCCACAAAAAUGGUGAUCCCACAAAUUUCGAAAAGUGCAAAUGCUCAUUCUCUUUCAAUUGCAAAUCUCCUGGGAUCAAGUUUGGAAGCUGUGAUGAAGGAAAACAAUACUGUUGUUACAACGAUUUUGAUGGCGCAAAUUCAGGAAGCCAAGAAGUGGACAAAUAUGGAGGAGAUCGUAGCGAACCCAUACCUUCCGUGUUAGUUGGCCCAAGUGGAAGUCACAGACCUGGUUUGAAACCUGGUAUAUAUGGACAAGUUUCCAACAAAAAUGAAUAUAUUGAUCGACAAGAACUAGUUGGUAACAGUUUUCCUAAUGAACCAUUAUUUAACAGAAGACCAAACGAGUAUGGAAACAAUCCUUUUAUUAUUCCAAGACAAUUGUAGGUAUAUUAAAUAAUAUUAUUAUAAACAAAUGUAAUUAUUAUUAUAUAUUUUUUUCUUAUUUGAUAAAUUGUAUUAUAAUUUUAUAAGUGCUAAUUAAUACUUGAUGUAUAUUUCAUUGUAAAACAAAUAUUGUAAAAUAUCAGUUAUUUAUAGUAGGAAGGUGAUAAAAGAGUAUGCUUGCAGAUACAGGAUAAUACAAAAACUAUUUUACAUCUUAUAUUAUAUAUAACUAUAUAUUAUAUUCGUACAUAGCUACGUCUUAAAAUUUAUAAAUACUUUUUUAAUUUAUAAAAAAAUCUAAUAAGUAUGAAUUAUUUUUUAAAACCAAAACAUGAUAUAAAUUACUAUGUAAUUAAUAACUAUGUAUUUAUUUAUAAAGCUAACUAAUACAUAAGGAUAACUUACCACAAUUUAUUUAUUAUAUUUUUUUUUUUUUUACUUUACCUAUAUAAGUAACUAUAAUAAUUUUUCUUAUACUAACAACAUAUUGUGAAACUGUAUUCUAGACAUCUAGAUUUUGUAUUACUAGUUAUUUAUUUAUAUUUUAUUUUAUUGAAUAAAUAAAUUAUCAUUAUGCUAAA